AUGGCCGACCCAGUGAGUAUCACCGCAAGCAUCGUAGGUAUCGUUGGACCCGCUUUGCACGGCGUCCGGCUUCUUUCCGAGGACCUGAAGCAGAUUAAAGACGCCCCAGAUAAUGUUGCCGCUCUUCGAGGAAGCAUAGGCUCAGUCGAGCGGUCUCUUGUCUCUCUUGAUACAAUUGGUGACAAAGCCUGGGAGUCCCUCGGCGUUGCUGAGAGUACCAAGAGGACCAUCAAAAUGUGUGGUGAAACAUGCGACGAAUUCAGACUCGAUCUGCAGCGCUGGACCAAACACUCGAAAGGCGAUUCUCUGUCCUUAUUGGACCGAUCCAAGAUCGGAUUCUGGAAGCAGCAUCAUAUAGACUCUAUGGAAAAGAAACUUCUCAACUGCCAAGUUACUAUUACCGAAGUAGUCAGUAUAGCGACACUCAUAGGUACCUUGCAAAACUCCCACAUCACGGAGGAAAGUCGAGAAAGGAAACAGCAAGAGGUCACAUUGGCGAUCCAUAGAGGAGACGCGGAAGAUACAGACAUUGCCCAGCGGAAAAAGGACAUCAAGGCACGGCGGGAUGACUUCGAUGAUGACGAGCUUGAAGACGCGUAUCAUGAUGCAUAUCAUCAGCUCAGAGAACAGAAGAAAGCGUUGGAUAUGUCACAGGCACUGUUGAAGGAAUUGUUGGCGAAAAUCCAGGAGCCAGCCAUUUCACAAAUGGCAGCGAAGAUGAAAGAGCAGCCGGUAAACGUGACCUUUGGGAACAACAAUAGAAACUAUGGAUUACAGCUUGGUGUCUCUUAUGGUGACAUAAACAAUGCGACUUUCGGGGGGCCAAAUCAUUAUGGAGAGAAGCGUGGUAGACAGUCUUGA